AGCUGCGCGGGCGCUUUCCGUCGCGCUUUUGGACACAGGUACCGGCAGGUCUGCGGGCUGCUCUCCUCGAGACCGGCGGCGGGGAGCGGCUGCACUUGUGGAGCAAGGCUUGGUGGGAUGCUCUGCCCUGUCCGUAGGGCUGGGGAGCUGGGAAGGCGGUCGUGGGCUUGGUUGAGGAAGAAGAGUCUCCCGUAGCCCCCGCCGCCCUGACCUGCCCGCUGGGCUUGUGCCGCCCUUGCUUUGCUCGGCGUCACUUUCCCUGUGAAACUUCCAGUUACUUUGAACCAUCCUUCCCUCUCUGAGCUACCCUGCAUGCAGUCUGUGCUGUGGGAACUGAAUCCCCUCUGACAAACACAGUGCUUUACAAAUUAGAAAUUCCUUUCAGUUCUUUUCAGUGUGAAGGCACUGAGUAUACUGAAAAACGUUUCUAUAGUUUAAUACAUCUAUGCUAAUAUGUCUAAGCUCUUGAUUUUAAAGAUUCGUCUUCUUGCAAUUGCUGAAUUGGCUCUCAGAGGUGAUUACUGUUGACAUUUUGAAAUGAUGUGCUUUUUAGCCUAGUUCUACUGAGGUAUAUUUUGCAGUUUCUGCUUUCUAGAGCUGAAGUAUUGCUGAAAUGGAAGGCAGGGUAAGCAUCCAUUGUCCUUGGGUAACGUUUUUAUUGCAACCUCUUUUGCACAGUGUCAGAUCACUAAAUUAUAGUUGAAAUUAUUAAAGAAGUUUUAGGGUUGAUUUAGCUGUUUUGGGAGUUUCUUUGGUGGAUUUAUUUCUUUUUUUUUCCCUUUUUUUUUUUUUUAGCAUUCUAGUAGUAUUCUAGCAAAAGUAAAUACCAACUGUGUUAUUAAGAAUGACCUAGAAUUUAUUUCCUGGGCAUAAGAGCCUGAAAAGCCAUAAGCAGCAGCAGCAAGAUGAAGUCUUGCAACUCAGGCUUCACAAUCAGAGUGUUGACUUGAUUUCUCCUUUUUUUUGUUACCUGUGUGAUGUUUUCUCCCCCUGAAAAUCCUCAAGGAAAUAACAAAUUACAUAAUUAGACUGUUCCAUAAUUUCCACACAGCAUACUUUAUUCUUCAUGAAUGCUUGUUUUUAUUUCAUUAAGACUGCCUUAUGACAAAAGAUUUUGUGACUAGUUGCAGGUUGAGUUUAUAAUAGCUCUGUACAGUCUGCUUUGUUCAGUGUUGUUGAUCUUUUUUAGGAGGAAAUUAUCCAGAAACUAUUAUAUAAAGAAUGUAUGUAUGGCUGUGUCUGCAUAUAAUUGCUUGUUGUCCUGUGCACUGGGUUAUGAUGUUAAACUAUGAAAGAAGAACAGAUCCAACUUUGAUUCCCUCCUCCAUGAACUUCAUUCUGGGAAUUUUUUCAGGAUUAAAGAUUGACUCAUCGUGCACCAGCCACGAACCUGUUUUUCAGACAACACUAUAAGACACUUGAAACAUGUUGUUCAGAGAAGCAUGGAAGAAGACCAGAAACAACCAUGAUAAGAACAAAUUUGCCUUUCCUGAGUGACUUGUUUUUCCUUUAUUCUUGUCUUUCAGUCACGUUGUACUCAUGUUUCUGUCAAUUAUGAAUACAGUUACAUAUUGUGUGUGGCUGUGUGGUGUUGACUUCACUGGCAAAUGUACCUUGGGGUUUCUCAGAGAUUUUCAGUGUGCAUUGAAGGGUAAUAUAAGUAAUGCAAGAGUUUAAAUUCCAGUGUUUUUUCCAAACAUAUUUCAAGUUGUUUUUUUUUUUUUUAAUUAUAAUGAAAGUUUAAAAAGCCUAGAGAAGAAAGACGUAAGGCUUUCACAGGAAGACUUCAAUGGUCAGAUUUUUCCUACCACCAUAUUUGGCAGCGCUAAGAUCAAAAAUUAUAAUCUUUAAACCUCUUCUAGAGCCACUCUCUGAUUUUAUAAGUGCGUAAGCCUUUGGGUGUAUAGUUUGACUUAAAUGCUGAAGUUGGCAGGCCCUCAGAGCUUGUAUCUGGGGUAUGCUGCACCUGAAAGGAAAUAUGAGCUAUUUUGCUUUCUGUGUGUACUAGUGAAAAGGCUUUGAUACCAAAAGCUUUUCUUGUUUCUUGUGCAUGCACUCCAGACCAUACUUAGCUGCCUAAAUCAGGUUUGUAAAUAUUUAAGCUCUCCAGAGGCAAGUGAGAAGGGAUGAGAUAAAGCUUUUGAGAUAUAUUACAGGAUUUUUUCUCUUGCUUCAACCUCGAGGUAGAGGCAUUCUGUGACUGCAGUAUUUUGAUGGAAUAACAUCUUCAUUCCAGAAUUUGAAAAAAACCAAACCUUAAAAUGACUGCUUAUUUUUGUUGAAAUGCCUUGCCUAAAGCCAUUUUUUGCUAGGCAAUUGUUUUCUGGUGUACUGUGGUUACAGACAUUUUUUUAUGCUUUUAUAUUACAUGUUAAUAUAACUAGUGUGUUGUAGUCAAUUGUUCCACUGCCAGACAUUGAAGAUCUAUAAAACUGGUAGGUAGAAAAUCAAGGAUAGGGUAGAGUAGCACAUAAAAGUUCAACCCAUAGCCAUCCUCAGUGUUAUAUUUAAUUUAAUUAAGCAAGUGAUAUGUAUCACUUUCUUUUCUAUGGUGUUACUUGUGGGUUCUCCUACUGUGUAUGUCCUUCCUGCAUUCUCACACGGUGUAUAUCCUUUCAUAUAAUUCUUUGUUUGUUAAAAUUAUUAGGCUUUUUGAUCACAUUCUCUCCAUGUUUUUGUCACUUUCAACUACUGGAAGGCAAACUGUAGUUCACUACCUUCAUCCUUCUACUGUGUGUUUGUGCUGUGCAUCUCUCCUGUUCCAGAAGUAUCCCAUGAUGCUGUCUACUUUUCCUGCAGCCUUAUAAAUAGCUUUGUUUACACCACUUAUAAACUUUUUGAGCAGCAGACUCGAGUUGGAAUGAUUCUUGUCCACGUUAGGAAGUCAACAUUUUGAGAACAACAAAAAUACUUGACAGACUUAUUUUUACUCAAUUGCUAUUCAGGAGAGCUGUGAACACCAAGAACAGCUCUAAAGAUAGCUUCAUAUAGAUACCGUGACCUUUGUUAUAUACAUGAAGAUGUUUAAGAUCUGAAAAUCCCAAAACUCAACCAGCCUACAUAUUACUCCUUUUUAGAGAUCUUCCUUUAUCACUUUGCAAGCACACAUGGAAUACUUGUCCCAUUGAAAUAAAUGUCAAAGGCUGUUUUUAAGUUAAAGCGAGGGAGCUGCAGAAUUUGAGCAUACUCAUCAGAGAAGAGUAAGUUUUCAAGUUCAAAGCUCCCUGCCUUAUUGUUCAUCUGAGGUAGUUGUUGAUCAUGUUUGUAUCAUCCGGCUUCCUUUCAGAAGAGUAAAAUUCUCUGAGGCAAAAGACUCUGGAAAGCUUGGUGAUUUGUAAUUGUAGGUAAUUCUUGUCUAAUUAACUGUCCCUAUGUAAAUUCUUUCACCAGCUGUCUCUUCUUGGUAGUCAAGUUACAUUUGGUAAACUGUGUCUGUUCAAAAUCUGUGUUUUCAUGUAGGUAUCUCCUGAAGCCUCUGUGUCUUCUCAGUGUUGUAAGGCCUGCUUAUUUCAUGCACACUAGUGCAUUCAGCAUUUGUACUUUGUAAAUGCUCAUCUUAUUUUCUUUAUUAUUUUUUCUUUAGUUGAUACAUUGAUACAUAAGCAUUUUUUGUUCAUUCAAAGUUCAAAUGAUAAAUGUUUAUUUGAUGCAGACAAAUUGUCAUAUGGGGAAACAGAUCAUUAUGGAGUCUGUCCAUGACCUAUGCUGGGGAAUGAGUCAUUCAGAGUUUCUGCUUAUUUGUUAAUGUGCAUUUCUCUACACAAAAUACAUUGUUUACAUUACCCUUUACAUUCAAAUAUAAAGUAGUAUUUUGUUGCCAUUUGCAGUGUUUCUGAAUGUUUGCAAAAUAAUCUGGAUGGCUUUCUGUUGCUCAGGAAAUGUUGCUUCCUCUCUUCCUGCCAUUCAUGGUACUAAGAAAUGAGGUCAAUCCCUGUGAAGAUUUUUAGUCUUGCAUAAUUAAACUUUCUUGUAGGAAAUAGAUAGAUAAAGCCUCUCUAUAUGAGUAAAUUCUAGUCCUGUUUAUUGUUUUUAUUUAGCUAAAGCAACCAUGCCUGUUCAAUUGCUGAAGAUCGUUAAAGGAAAAUUCGAGAUUCCGCUACCAAGCCAUUUGCAAAAGCAGAGUUUGGAACAUUUGCGAGAAGGCUUUGAUCAUACUAACGGAUACUUUCAGGGAAUAGUUGCUCUUUCCUACCCAUUAACAAAACUCGGAGAUGGGACAGACUUUUUCAAGGUUGUUCUUCAAGAUAUGGAUGACUUUUGUUCACGGACCAAUAGCAUCAAUGUUUUAAUAUAUGGAAAAAUGGCAGAGAAUUGUGCAAAAGUUAUAUGCCAUGGGGACACCCUUGUAGUCGCAGAAUUUAAGCUGGCAAAAUCGCCUACAGCAAAAGAGGAUGGUAGACACAAUUACCACCUGGAGGUGUCUGAAGAAGCUGGGUCAGUCAUUUAUAUUUAUACUAAAACAAGACCAACUCCUGCUUCAGAAACUGCAUCUCUGUCUGUUGCACCAAAAUAUGUUUAUACUUCUCUGAAUCAUCUUAAGGAUGGAACUGUAGUGAAUUUGUAUGGCAUAGUGAAAUUCUUCAAGCCUCCAUAUCUAAGCAAAGGAACUGAUGUUAAUAUUUCCCACAAUUCAGGGAGAGUCCUUGUUGCAGAUUACUGCUCAGUUGUAACACUUGUGGACCCAUCAAAUGUGAAGUUAACAUGCACUCUUUUUAAUGGAAAUCUAGAUUCCCUACCAAAAAUUUACAAAGUUGGAGAUAUUGUUCGAUUUCAUAGAAUAAAGGUCAGGGAAUACAAUGGACAGAUGCAGGGAGUUACCAGUGCAGGAUUUGCAUCCUUGACAUUUGAUGGAAGUGUAGGGGCACCAGUAAUUCCUCGAACCUCUAGCAGAGUGUACACAUUCACAGAUGAAGAACAGAAAAUUAUAGAAGAAUUACGUGUUUGGGCAGCCAGUAAUCUAACCACCUCUGGACCACCAGCAAAACUGUCUGAUGUUCAGCCAAUGAUGUUCUUUGAUCUCACUUGCCAGCUGAUAGGAAAAGCAAAAGUGGAUGGGUCUUCUUUUCUUCUAAAGGUAUGGGAUGGCACAAAAUGUCCCUACCCAACAUGGAAGGUGCCUGUGGAAGCAAGAGACCUGGAAGGAGACAAGGUGCUUCUUCAUCAGCUGCGAGAGGUAACAGUGGACAUUCUAGUGUAUGACAACCAUGUACAACUGGCAAAAUCAAUUAAGACUGGAAGUUUUCUGAGAAUUUACAGCAUUCAUGCAAAACAAGCAUAUGCUGUUGAUAAAAGUGUCUCACAUAUUGAAUUUCAUCUUCAUGGUGGCACCUGCUACGGUCGAGGAAUAGGAGUCUUACCGGAAAGUAACCUGGAUGUUAAAGAACUAAAAGCAUUCUUACAUUCUAUGGAUCUGCCAGACAGUCAGAAUAUGGAAAGCAUGUCUUCAGUGGAAUUAGAUGACACUUUUAACUAUGUUACAGAUCUUGAAUCACAUUUACAGAGAUGUCAGCAAUUACCUGCUACAGUAUUAACAGAUCACCAGGAUCUGAAGAACACGGAAUUGAAAGCCAUUCUGAACAGCACAGCUCCUAAACACUACCGCAUUAGAGCAAAGCUGAGAACUUAUAAACCCCAGAAGCUCUAUCAGUCAGUUAAACUUCACUGUUCCAAAUGCAACUCUUUGCAGGAAAUUCCAGAUGGAGAUGACUUUGACUUAAUUUUACAAGGCUCCACCAUUACUGCCCCAAAUCCAGAACUGCACAAUACAUCCUGGUAUAAUUCUGUAAUGUGGACUACACAAGACGAGAAACAAAGGAAAAUAGCAAUCCAUUUUGUAAAACACGAUGAAAUGCUUCAACAGCCUGAAGAUACUUUGCUUAUGAUAGAAGGAGGAACACUAAAAGAAAUCUGGAAGCUUGCCGAAAGAUUUAAAUGUGUUAUUCCUGUGAGAUCUACAGAAGAUGAUCUUGAAUUAUUAGAUCUUUCAGCCCCUUUCCUUUUACAAGGGAACGUAAAAUAUUAUGGGUGCAAGCAGUGUUCAACUCCAAAGCCUGUCAAGAGUCUCAGUUCCAUUGCAGCAGAGCAACGACCAGCAUGGGAACCAACUGAAAUUGCACAAGUUUUAGGUAUUGAGCUGCUCCAGUAUGUUUUUAUUAUGAAGUUUACACUGGUUGAUGGAACAGGAGCAUUGAAUGCCUACCUUUUUGAUUAUGAAAAGUUUUUCCAAAUUCCUGCUUCCGAAAUCUUAACCAAUAAUUUUCUUCAGCAAAAGAUGCAGAUGGCCAUGAAUACACUCUGUCCUCCAGGAAGAAAAUUAGAUGACUUGCCGUGGCUGGAAUGCUUCAUCAAAUCCUAUAAUGUCAGAGAUGCAAUGAAAGAUCGAGUUUAUUACCAGAUUUUUGACACAACAGUUGCUGACGAUGUUGUUUAGCAAUGUGUUGCUAACAGGAAGUAAAUCCACUAGGAAUCCAGUUGGGGAGUGGUCUUGGGUCAGAGAUAGAUUAAAAAAUAAAAUCUUUGUUCCUUUCUUAGGAAUUCAACUCCUAUAUGUGAAGCUUAAGUUAAUAUGGGAAUAUGAAUGGAAAUCAUUUUUCAUGUAUUAACUACUUUCCUGGCAUACAGCCUUUCGAUCUGAGUACAAGUGGAGGUGCUAAGCUUUUCACUGGAGGCUGCUUGGCUCAGGCUGGUGGAAGCAGUCUAGUAUCCAUCUGUCCUUCAGAAGGGCAGUGAUGAGAUUACUCUGAACUGCUGAGUUCUGCUCAGAAUGAUACUAAUUUGUUCAUUUCUGUAUUAAAAUAAAUGAUGUCAGCAGAGAUAGGGGAAAGCAGCUUUUUGGUAAGCUUUCUCUCUGACUACUUUGUGCAAGCAUAUGUUACUGUUCUCAGACAGUUGAGCAGGGGAGGUGGUCUGUGUUUUAGAGAUUUUGCACUGGUAUGUACCUUUAGGCAGAACUCUUCCUGUUAAUCAAACUAUUGUGCCAGUUGCUAAAUAUUUUGACGGAGUUGAGAAAGUGUCCAUGUAAUGACUGUUGCUAAAAUUAAAGUCAAGCCAUGAACGUAAGGUAGCGUAAAAUUGUAAAAUGAAUAUUGACAUUCACUAGAUCGUAAUGACUUUUAAGGCAGCUCUAUUGGGUCCCAAAGUUUUUAUUAUGCUUAUUAGCUGGGUCUCUGUUUCCAAAGGCUCUCUCUAAUGUGUCUGACUGAAUUUACUGUCAGAUUACACUGCCCAGAUCUGCCAUUUCUGUCUUCUAUAAUCAGAUUGUAUGACUAAAUUUAGAGACACAGAACUGAUACAGUGACAUCAUGGCUUGAAGAUACUACUGGGCUAGAAAAACUACUCAGUGGUUUUACUUUGUAUUCAGAAGUCCAUACAACAAAUUCAGGACAAUUUCUCCAACAAUCAUUACUGUAGAAAUUCCUGUCAAAUCAAAUGCUCUGCCAUCAAAGCAAACUUACUUAAUAUUUACAGCAGUUGUUUUCUAAAGGAGAUCAGAAGCAAGAUGGAAUACUUCUAUGUAGAUUAUUAUUUUGAUAGUAGACUACUGUUUUUUUUCAGGGCUGCUUAGUCAGUUGUGGAAUUUGUCAUUUAUAAUUUCAGCUUAAUAUCUUCUGAUAACUUUCUGGCACUCAAAAACCUUAUACUGGGUUUCCAUUUCAUAAAUCAGGAGAUUGUUCUUUUAUUGAUCUACCUAAUAUUAAAAGUGUUUAGUGGAUAUUUCCUCUAAACAGUACCAAAAAAAAUCCAACGUCAUAACCAAGUGAGCAGUUUACCAAAGAGCAUUAUUGGCUUAAGAAGGCUCACCUGAACAUGUCAAUAAACACAGAAACAAAACAUAGUUACAACAGGUUAUUAAAGGGCUAUCAUAAAACUUCAGGCACUGGACAUACUGAAAUGGUAUCAGAAGUCAGGGGUCAAAUUGAAAGUAAUCUUUUUUUACGUUUCUUGUGUAUAGUGUAUGAAAGCACUGGAAGGAGAUGUUUUUAUUUUACAUUUUUAACAACUCUGAUAUUUAUAUUGAACAUUUUUUUCUAAAUAAGUCUUUGUAAAGUAAUAGAAUGUUUUGAAAUUCAGCAUAAACUAAAUCAAUGCUUCUGCAAGUCUUGUCUGAAGUCUCUGCCAGAAAUGUGUGCAUCUCUGAGUUUUUCUACCGUUAAAUAUUGUAUUUAAAUGUUU